AUGGAACCACAAUCCGGUUAUACAUAUGCGAAUUGGCAACGAGGAUUUGGUGAUUUUCAUUCAGUACCUGAUUCGACAUCAUUGCGAUUGAUGUCGUGCCACAACAAAACUGCAACUGUCAUGUGUGAUAUUUAUGAUGAUAAAGGAAAUGAGCAUAUUCUUGUGCCAUAUGCACCACGCAGUAUUUUACGAAAGCAAAUCGAAGCAGCAUCAAAACUAUCUUGCAAAGUACUUAGUGCAAGUGAAUUGGAAUAUUAUACUUAUGAAAAUAGUUAUCAUGAUGCUCAUGCUAAAAAUUAUGAAAAAUCAAAACUGAAACUUUUAGGUGACUAUCUUGAAGAUUAUCAUUUACUGCAAGCAGCUCGUGAAGAAAAGUAUACUGAAGCAUUUCGACAUCAUCUCAAGACCAGUAGUAUUCCUGUGAAAAACAGUAAAGGUGAAGCUGGAAUUAGACAACAUAAAUUGAAUAUCAAAUUCAGUGAUAUUAUAUCGAUGGCCGAUUGGCAUGCAACAUACAAACAAUGUUUGAAAGAAGUGGGCGAUCAACUAGAUGCGAGUGUUACAUUUAUGGCUAAACCUUUCAUUGAUACUGUCGGUAGUGGUUGCCACAUUCACUUAAGUAUGGUCAACGUCAGUGAUGGCAAAAAUGCAUUCACUGCUGAUGGCAAUAGCACAGACUCGAAUGACAAAUUUACUCCAUUGUUCAAACACUUUCUAGCUGGUUGGUUAAAAUAUACACCUGAUGUUAUGGUAUUUUAUGCACCAACAAUCAAUAGUUAUAAGCUCACGGCUGCUUUUCGUAUAGUUGGUAAAGGUCAAUCUACUCGUACCGAAUGCCGACUUCCAGGUAGUGAUUGUAAUAUUUGUCUUGCAUUUGCUGUAUCAUUAGCAGUUGGACUUCGAGGUAUUGCUGAUCAACUUGAACCACCACCGAUUUUCGAAGGUGAUAUUUAUCAGGCAAAAGAAGUUUCUCAAGCAUCUCGAACAUUAAAAGAAGCUAUUCGUGUCUUUGAAAAUAGUAAUUUUGUACGAGAAGCAUUUUCUGGCGAUGUUGUCAAUCAUUAUCUCAACUUCUAUCGACUGGAACAAGCAGCCUUUGAAAAAAGUGUUACUGAUUGGGAACGACAUCGAUACUUGGAACAAAUAUGA